AACAAGUCACAUAGUUUUUUACACCACCACUUGGCACGCUCUUACGUACAGCCGGCACCUCUCGCUUCGUUAAAAAUUUUUCCGUCCAAGCAUUGUCCUUCUCAGUAUUCUCUUCCUACAACUUAACUUAGCCAUUUCAUGGCUUUUGCUUCCGAACCAUAAUCGAAGAGCUGACUCUGAAGCGCAGAAUUGAUCAGAGAUAUGGACAGACUCAUAAGAUUAGAUCCAUCAAACAUCGUUCCCGUCAGGGUCGAAGCGGGGCAGAAAUGCGUUGGCCAUAUCACGUUACGCAACGUGAUGUACACCAUGCCAGUGGCCUUCAGGCUUCAGCCACUGAUCAAGACUCGUUACACAGUGAAGCCUCAGUCUGGAAUUAUAUCUCCUUUGGCCACACUCACGGUGGAGAUCAUCUAUCACCUCCCACCAGGAGCUAGUCUCCCUCACUCGUAUCCUCAUUCCGAUGAUUCUUUCCUUCUGCACAGUGUGGUUGUUCCUGGUGCGGCAAUUAAAGAGCCAUCCUCUAUGUUUGAUUCUGUUCCGAGCGACUGGUUCACCACUAAGAAGAAGCAGGUCUUCAUAGACAGUGGCAUCAAGAUCAUGUUUGUGGGUUCGCCGAUCUUAGCUCAACUCGUUGCAGAUGGUUCCAUGGAUGACAUCAGAGAGGCGCUGGAACGAAGUAACCCGUCAUGGAAGGCUGAGAACUCAAUGGACUCGCAAGGUCAGACGUUGCUUCACUUGGCCAUUUCACGGAGCAGACCGGACCUUGUUCAAUUACUCCUCGAAUUCAAGCCCGAUAUCGAAGCUCCAAAUCGUGCUGGUUCAACCCCACUUGAGGCUGCAUCUUCCUCCGGAGAAUCCUUAAUUGUUGAGCUUCUAUUAGCCCACAAGGCCAACACAGAACGAUCAGAAUCAUCCGUUUGGGGGCCACUUCAUCACGCAGCUAAAGGAGGACACUUGGAGGUCCUAAGGCUUCUUUUACUGAAAGGGGCUAAAGUAGAUUCUCAAGCAAAAGAUGGUAGCACGGCCUUGCACCUCGCAGUUGAAGAACGAAGACGAGAUUGCGCUAGACUUCUGUUGGCUAACGGUGCCAGAACCGACGUUCGCAACACCAGAGAAGGCGACACGCCUUUGCACAUAGCCGCAUUCACGGGCGACGAGAACAUGGUGAAGCUAUUGCUGCAAAAGGGUGCGAAUAAGGAUGUGAGAAAUGGGUUGGGGAAAACCGCAUACGACGUCGCCGCCGAGAAUGGAUAUAACCGCCUCUUCGACGCGCUUAAAUUGGGAGACGAACUCUGCGUGGCGGCUAGAAAAGGGGAGGUGAGGACUAUACAGAGGCUGAUCGAGAACGGAGCGUCCAUUAAUGGAAGGGACCAGCACGGCUGGACCGCGCUUCACAGAGCCGCCUUCAAAGGGGGAACUGAUGCGGUUCGGGCUCUGCUAGAGAAAGGGGUGGAUGUGGAUGCUAAAGACGAGGAUGGGUACACGGCGUUGCAUUGCGCCGCGGAGUCGGGUCAUGCCGAUGUGACGGAGCUGCUGGUGAAGAAGGGAGGAGAUGUGGAAGCGAGGACCAAUAAGGGCGUGACCGCGUUGCAAAUAGCAGAGUCGCUGCACUAUGUGGGGAUCACGAGGAUACUCGUCAGCGGCGGGGCUAGUAGGGAGAACAACUGUCAGAUUCCAGCACCGCCGGCGAAUAUUCCGUUUGGGAAACAAAUGGACGGUGGGGAGAAGAAGAAGAUCAUCAGAAACAGAGGGCUUCGGGGUAGCUUCGAUCGCUCGGCGGCUCUAGCUGUGAUGUAGUGGCCAGUAUCAGUAUGGCUGGUUCUCUCUCACAUUUUUUGGAUUCCCCGUUUCGUGGUUGAUUUUGGAAUCAUAGCUUGUGGAUGGUAUUGUAGAUUCAUGAUACAUGUUCUUUCUACGCUGCUUACAAUACAUAAAAAGUUGUUUCAAGUUCAUUGACAAUGUUCACUGAGAUUCAAGAAGGCGAAUUGCAUGUA